AAUUUGUGCAAGACAUAACAGAAACCAACCGUUUGUGGAGUCUAUGGGGAGUUUAUCUAUUUGUGUGAAUGAACCUUCAAAAUUGUUGUGCUUUUCUUCUCCAUGUCGACAAUUGUGGUGCAGAAAUUUGAAUUGGAAGAGUAAUAAGCGUUCUCUCACUUGCUUUUCUUCUCAGAAGAAAAUAGGUUUUAUGGACCAAAUUCUAGAUUACAUUGAAGGCGGUCCAAAGUUAAGGAAAUGGUAUGGGGCACCCGAGCUCCUCCCAAAAGAUGGAUCCCUUUCAGAAGAAGAUAUGUCUUCGGAAGAAGAUGAAGUCAGAGAUGCAGUUUUAGUUACCGAUGGAGAUAAUGAGAUUGGUCAGAUGAUUAUAUUGUCUUUGAUAAUCAAAAGAACUCGGAUCAAAGCUCUGGUAAAGGAUAAGCGGGUUGCAAUGGAAGCAUUUGGUACUUAUGUUGAGCCAAUAGCAGGUGAUGCACGGGACAGGUCAUUGCUAAAGAAGGCUCUAAGUGGUGUUCGUGCAGUGAUAUGCCCAAAUGAAGGUUUUAUAUCAAAUUUAGAGAGUUGGAAAGGUUUACAACAUGUAAUCCUAUUAUCUCAGCUGUCUGUUUAUAGAGGUUCUAGCGGGGUACAAGCAAUUGUUACUGCCAAUGCAAGAAAACAGGCAGAACAAGAUGAAUCACUGGUUAUGGCUUCGGGAAUCCCUUACACCAUUAUUAGAACUGGCUUGUUGGUAAAUGCACCGGGUGGAAAUCAAGGUUUCAACAUUAAAGAGGGCUGUGCAUCACAAGGAAAGUUGAGCAAGGAGGAUGCUGCUUUCAUCUGUGUAGAGGCUCUUGAGACUGUCCCACAGAAAGGACUGACAUUCGAGGUGGUCAAUGGUGAGGACAAGGUCAUGGACUGGAAAGAGUGGUUUGCAACCUUGAUAGAUAAAUAAGUGAUGUAUACAUUAAUAGUGUGAGAAAAUUUCACCAUGAUAUAAUCAAGCUAAAAGCUUUAAUCACAAUGCAAAUUGCUUGUUUUGUGUAUGUAAUUGUGUCAAAAGAAUAGCAUCUUGACUAGUUUGUAAGGAACUGUAAACGAAUAAAAGGCGGUGUCUGAUAGUGAAA